CAAUCAGGAACCCCAACUAUAAGACCAGUAGCGGCUCAAGUACCAACCAAUCAGACUAAUCAUUGGCGUCUCCAGUCCCUCGCAUAGCGGGGGGCAGCUCCAUUCUUUGAGAAUUUCAUGACCUCACUGGCGGAGCGACGUGGGCCGAGUCUUAGAAACAUUGAGAGAAAUUAGCUGUCGGCAUAGAAAUAGGACAUUCCCCCCUCCCAUACUGUUGCGCCCCUCCAUUGUCCUCAAGCUUUUCUCACUGCACUUCCGAAUUGUCUAUCACAGAAAACUAAAGUGCCAAUUCCAAAACCAAGAUGCCUUACCCAGAGACCACCGACGCAUUCGCUGUCACUGACAUCAAGAACUGGAGCACAUUCAAACGUCAAGAACUUCCCCUCAAGAAGUUCGAAGACUAUGAUGUCGAUAUCGCCGUAGACGCAUGCGGUGUCUGCGCUUCUGACGUUCACACCAUCACCGGCGGAUGGGGCGAGGACAUUCCCCUCCCUCUCUGCGUCGGACACGAGAUCAUCGGAAAGGCCGUCAAGGUCGGACCCAAGGUCACCACCAUCAAGGUUGGCGACCGUGUCGGUCUCGGCGCACAGAAGGGAGCCGAUCUCACUUGCGCCCAGUGCAAGUCUGACAACGAGAACUACUGCCCCAACCAGAUCGACACCUACGGAGCGAAGCACGACGAUGGAACCAUUGCACAGGGUGGUUACUCCAGCCACGUGCGAGCACACGAGUACUUUACCUUCAAGAUCCCGGAUGCGCUCGACACUGCCAUCGCCGCACCAAUGCUUUGCGCCGGUUUGACCACAUACGCCCCAAUCAAGCGGUUAGGGGCCGGUCCCGGCAAGAAGGUCGCCAUUGUCGGAUUGGGAGGACUCGGUCACUUUGGUGUGCUAUGGGCCAAGGCCCUCGGCGCUGAGGUCUACGUGAUCUCGCACUCCCCGAGCAAGAAGGAGGACGCACUCAAGCUCGGCGCCAAAGACUUCAUCGUCACCAGCAAGGAGGGCUGGGCCGAGCCCUGGAAGUUCACCUUCGACUUCAUCAUCAACACCGCCGACGCGACCGACCGCUUCAACCUCGCCGACUACUUCUCCACCCUCAAGGUUAGCGGCGUCUUCCACAUGGUCGGCUUCCCCGACAAGCCUCUCCCCCAGAUCCAGGCCCAGGUCUUCGCUCCCAACGGUUGCUCCAUGGGCGCCAGCCACAUCGGUAACCGCCCCGAGAUGAUCGAGAUGCUGGAGCUUGCGGCCAAGCAGGACAUCAAGAGCUGGGUCGAGACUAUUGACAUCAGCGAGGCUGGCUGCAAGGAGGCUGUCGAGCGUGUCUACAAGAACGAUAAUGUCAGGUUCAGGUUCACCUUGGUCGGCUACGACAAGGUCUUCGGCAAGAGGUCAUAGAUUCGUUGUUGAAAGAUAUGAUGAAGAUUGAAUGACCUUUUACUUAAUGACAAAAUAUUUUAAUUACCAACGAUAGACAUGAAAAUCAUCAAUAUUGAUUUCUUCUGCUUGGA